GAUAACCAUGACUGCUACUACUGACCAGUGGAUGCAAUUCUACCAGCAACCUCUCAUGGAUGAAACUGGCCGAGUUUUGGUGCCAACCACAGAAGGAUUCUCUGAUGCAACUUUGAUGACAACAAGUUCCACUCCCACCAUGCCAUCUGAGAGCAUGUUAAGCCCAACCAGUUCAUACAUGACAACUCCAAAAGGUAAUGCAUCAAAACCUAUAAGAAAAAGGUCUAGAGCUUCUAAGAGAACCCCAACCACACUCCUCAAUGCCAACACCACAAAUUUCAGGGCAUUAGUGCAACAAUUCACUGGGUGUCCUAGCACAACUGGGUCAUCACUAGGGGUUCAUAAGGGACCUAUUACCUUAAAUUUCAAACAAGGAAGCAGACAGCAGAUUCAUCAUAACACAAGUAGAAUAGUUCCACCAUUUAGUAGCAGAAGUUACAAUCAAGUUCAUCAAGUAGCUAUGCCUCUUCCAUGGCAGAAGCAACAGGAUCAAGUGCCUCAGCAACAGAAUAGUUACUCGUUUGACUAUGUGAAGAGCAGUGAUUUUGUUCCAACUUCGGGUAACUCAAGGUCUAGCACUAGCAUGGAACUCUCUGAUGGCAGCUUGCUCGUGGAUAAUGAUUUUGGUUUGCAUGAUCUAACUGGUAAUGCCUUUUCCAAUGAUAAUUUCUAAGAACGAAGUAUAGUUGUAUUUUAUGUCAUGAAAAUGUUUAAUUAUAUUAGAAAAAGAAGUGGACUUAUACUUAUAUUUAGUUCAUAUAGUUGUAUGCAUGUAUCAUCAACACAAUAAUUCA